AUGGAUGCAUAUCUCAGCCCAAGACCGAUCGGAACGGCUUCCCAGCCGAGAAACCUGCCGCUAUUCCCAAUAACAAAAUUUGUUCAUCUGACGGAUCCGAAUGUAUUUGUCAUUAGCAGACUACUCAUGGCAUGGUUUCACUAUCUUCUCUGGAGGAUAGUCACCGACCUUCAAGGCCAUUAUCAAGCUCAUCUUCAGGUUGGUGAUUAUAGCCCGGAGAGAGAGCAAUUUUUCCGGAGAUUAAGUCAUCUUACCAUACGAGAGAUAGGUAUAAGAAUAUUAUUACCUGUGUUGUGGAUUUUGCCUGAAGUCCUUAGCAUUUCUGCGCACCAUUAUUGUAUAUCUGCGGUUGCGGUGUUCAUUGGUGGUGCCAAAGCUAUACCUGGCUGGAACCAUCCUGUUUAUGGAUUAUUGACGGAAGCAUAUACCGUCCGAAAAUAUUGGGGUCUUUUUUGGCAUCAAUUCUUGCGUCGAGACCUCAUCGCUUGGGCAUCAUUCAUGUCCUCAAAGAUAUUUCGUAUUCCCCAGAAUUCUAGAUUCAACAAAUUUGCCAUGCUGAAUUUAGUGUUCUUCGUCUCUGCAUGUAUGCAUGCCAUGAUAUGUAUUCCCGCAAAAAUCAAAUUUUCGAACUGCAGAGUAAGUCACAUAUUUCAAUGGUAUCUUCUAUGUCCUUGUGCAAUUGUUGCUGAAGAUCUUGUUCAGAAAUGGGGGAAGGAAGUGCUGAGACACUACGGAUGGAGGAGAGAUUCGAGAUGGCAUUAUUGGUUGGGAAUCUAUGGGUCUGGGGUUUCUUUGCUUGGAGUUUACCUAAAUUUGUCUUUCCAAAGGACGAUUGCAUGCCUUAGAGAGACUAUCGCAUUUUACUGCGUACCUUCUGUUGAGCUGGCGACUUGGUGGUACCUACCUCAGUACUCGAGAAUUAUUUAUGUAGAUGUUCAAAUGCGAAAGAUAUUCAAAACACUUCCAAGAUUGUGUAAUAUCAAUUCUAUCACCCUUCAUGAAAUCCCAAGGCCCAAAUUUGAGCGUAUUGAAGUACCGUACUAUCGUGUCAUGUCCUCGACCGUAUGA